GAAGAGAGGAGAGAGAAAAAAAAUUAAAAGGAAAAAAGGAGCGUGGCUGAGUCUGGAAGCGGGUCUCGCCGCCCAGGACCCGCACGCCCCGGCGGCCACGCGUGGGUGCAGAUCGCGGCGCGGCGCGCAGGGCCGGGCUGAAGAUGCACACGACGCAGAAGGACACCACUUACACCAAGAUCUUCGUCGGGGGCUUGCCCUACCACACCACCGACUCCAGCCUGCGCAAGUACUUCGAGGUCUUCGGGGACAUCGAGGAGGCGGUGGUCAUCACCGACCGGCAGACGGGCAAGUCCCGGGGAUACGGCUUUGUCACCAUGGCUGACAGAGCUGCUGCUGAAAGGGCUUGUAAGGACCCCAACCCCAUCAUCGAUGGCAGGAAAGCCAACGUGAACCUGGCGUACCUGGGUGCCAAGCCGCGGAUAAUGCAGCCAGGUUUUGCCUUUGGUGUCCAGCAGCUUCAUCCAGCUCUCAUACAGAGGCCUUUCGGGAUACCCGCUCACUAUGUCUAUCCACAGGCUUUUGUGCAGCCUGGAGUGGUAAUUCCCCACGUGCAGCCUGCAGCGGCCGCUGCUUCCACCACACCGUACAUCGACUACACCGGAGCGGCGUACGCGCAGUACUCGGCGGCAGCGGCCGCCUAUGAGCAGUACCCGUACGCCGCCUCACCGGCUGCCGCCGCCGGCUACGUGGCAGCCGGGGGCUAUGGCUAUGCCGUGCAGCAGCCCCUCACCGCAGCAGCGCCCGGCACAGCCGCGGCGGCAGCGGCAGCUUUCGGCCAGUACCAGCCCCAACAGCUGCAGACAGACCGCAUGCAAUAGCAGAUGGACUCCCGAAGGAAGCUCGCGAGCUCUCUCUUCCUCUUCUCGGCCUUCCAGUAUAAGUAGUUAACAGAGACAAUUCGUAGUAACUAAGAAGCUUUAAGGAAAGCGAUGCUAUUGCGAAACUAAAGAUUUUUAUUCCACUGUCUUCAUACAGUAUGCAUCCAAAUCUUGUUGUUAGAGGGGAAGGGUAGUGCGGCAUGUCUAGUUUCGAGUGUCAAGCCAGAAGAAAAGGGGGGGAAAAAUACUGUACUGUCAUGAAAGAGUGGCAGGAGUAGCUAUGGGACUUCGUAUUUUCAAACAAACAAAAAAGAACCAAAAAAAAGCAAAGAUGUACUUUCUACAGUAUCAGGGAAGCAAAACUGCCUUUUAUAAGUAAGAAAAUGGUAUCUGAAAAGUUUGAACCAGGGGAAAAACUUGAGUCAGCAAUAUGUAACCUUUAUCCAUUUAAGAGGAAAUGAGCUUAAAGCACUGAUUGUCCUUUCUAGCAUUCAGAAGUUGUCUUGGUGAGACAGGACCUUGUCACUGUCUCACUGACGGGCACCGAACAACCCAAGGAAGAUGGCCGGCUAGUAAGAUGGCGGACAGGCACCAAAGUUAUUUUCUUCUCUGUCCUCUGGAUGAGUGGAACUAUGGAGCAAGUGAUGUGGAAGUAAGGGGUGCAACAGCUGUAGAGACAAUCAAUAACACAGACAGUUCUGGACAGAACACAUCACUCGUGCUCAUGUGAUGAGCUUGUCACAUCCUAAUCCCUCGCCCCAUCCCGUUUCACUUUUGGGAAACUUUAACUGCUGGUGUCAGCUAUUCUGAUUCUAAAAUAGGAUCAGCCCUUUACUACAACAGCCUUCUCUUUCUAUUUAUUGCAUCUAUUCGUAACUUGUGAAUAAAGGCAGGAAGAAGCCUAAUGAAUUAAAACCUUUUAAGAACUGUUUUAAGGGAAUUUUCUUUUCUGAAACCAUUUGUACAAUUUUAAUAUCUAUUUCAGGAUUAUAUUUAAAGUAUUUAUUAGCAAACAUACAGUACACAAGACAACUUUUUGUUACCAAGACUGCAGUUCCUGAAGGGUUAAUGGUAUGUGAUUUAUACUGUGCCUUAAUUGUUAUGCUAUUUAAAAAGAAAUAUUUAUUUUGAAAAUUUUACUAUGCUGCGCUCUAAAGAAAGCGACUUUAGAUGUGACACUGUAAAAUUAUGUAUUCAUCUCAUGGUAUAAAUUAUUUAGUAGGCUUAGAUGUAGCAUAUUAAAUAUUAACCUAAUUAACUAAGGAUGUUGACUUGGAUUUAUUUAAAUUCAGUAUGUGCACUGUAUGAGGGUACUCUUAAAUUAACACUUUUUUUUAGGUUUUUACAUAAAAUAUUGCUAGUUCAUUCUUUUUCCCUCUACUAGUUAUUCAUGUAGACCUCUCAAAUACAUUAGUGCCGUUUUCUCACUCAUCUGUAUGUAGACUGACUAUUUUUCCCUUUGCUAGAAAAUGCUGCUUUACAUUGUCCUGUGAAACUACAAUACUUGCAAUUUUUAUUCUUGACCGAAAUGGAAUUUAAUAUUUUACACUGUAUUGGAUUUUUUUUAUACUUGAACAAUUUCAUACAAGGGAAGACAGGAUAGCAUUUUUAUGGACUUUAUCCAAUGUCACUGGAUUUAUUUGAAGUAUUCUGAAUACUAGCCAGUGUUACAAUGCAGACAUGACUCUCCUGUGCAUAUUAUUUAUUCAUUAUGUAUAUUGCUUUACAACAUUUCAGAUCUCCUAAUCUAUUCACUCGUAUUAAAACAAUAAAAAAAUGUUGUCUCA